CAAGACGACGGGGGGGAUAUAAGAAGAUGGAGCUCGAGCUCUACAGAGGGAGCUUUAGUUACGCCCGCCAUUCCCGGGCUGAAGCAUUCCCAUUCCCAUUCCCAUUUCCGCUUCAAUGAUCACCUCCCACAUCCCCGCGCUGCUGUCAGCAGCUAUCGACUUCCCACACAAGCUCGCCACUUUGCUCGCCGUUCUCGGCGGCUACCUUCUCUACACCCGCUACGGCCGUGCCUCCACCCGCGGCAUUCCCGGCCCCUGGCUCGCCAGCGUCUCGAACCUGUACCGGUUCUGCGACCAGUGGUCGCAGCAGAGCAUUCGCACGCUGAUCGAGCUGCAUGAGAAGCAUGGAACGUUUGUUCGCUACGGCCCGAAUUUAGUGAGUAUUAGCGAUCCGGAGGGGAUUGCAGAGGUGUAUGGUGUCGGCAGGGGGUAUAUUAAGUCCGAGUUCUAUCCCGUGCAGCAAACGAUGUCGAACGGCCAAUCGAUCGAGGGGAUGUUCAACACGACAUCCGAGGCUUUGCACACAUCGUUGCGGCGGCCAGUGGCGGGGAUGUACUCGCAGUCGACGCUGACGGGGUACGAGCCGCUGGUGGACUCCACGAUCCGCUGCUUUGAGAAGCGCAUGAACGAGCUGUUUACCAACGAUGCCGUGUGCGAUUGGGGCAUGUGGCUGCAGUUCUUCGCGUUCGACGUCAUCGGCGAGCUGACGUUUGGGAACCGCCUUGGCUUCUUGGAUACGGGGACGGAUGUCGAGGGCGUCAUGGCGGGGAUCGAGCGGCAUCUCGAGUAUGCGGCAUUAGUCGGACAACUCCCCUGGCUAGAUGUCCUCCUGCGCAAGAACCCAUUGAUGGCGCAUUUCGCGUCGACAACGAGCUACGUCGCGCGCUUUUCCCUGAAGCAUUUGGAAUCGCACCUCGCCUCCUCCUCCUCGGCAGACAAGCCGCGACCGGACUUCCUAACAAAAUUUGUGCAGGCGCACCAGAAAGCACCCGACAAGAUCCCGCGGAGCCACAUCGUGUCAUGGACGGUGUCAAAUCUGAAUGCGGGAUCGGACACGACCGCGAUCGCGCUCCGCACCAUAUUCUACUUCUUGCUCAAGAAUCCGGCGUCGCUGCAGAAGCUUCUCGCGGAGAUUGCCGCGGCCGAGGCCCAAGGAGUGCUCACGGAGGGCGAAAUAGUCAGCUGGAACCAGAGUCAGCAGCUGCCGUUCCUGGACGCCGUGGUCCGCGAGGCGAUGCGGUUGCACCCGGCGGUGGGCAUGAUGCUGGAGCGCGUUGUCCCCGCGGGAGGACGCGAGAUCUGCGGGAGGAGGUUUGAGGCCGGGACGGUGGUGGGGAUGUCGGCGUGGGUGGUGCACAGGGAUAAGAGUGUGUUUGGCGCUGAUGCCGAAGUGUGGAGACCUGAGAGGUGGAUUGAGGCGGACGAGGAAUCGAAGAAGAGGAUGGAUGGCAGGAUUCUCGCGUUUGGAGCGGGCGCCAGGACCUGCAUUGGAAAGAACAUCUCUAGGCUUGAGAUGUAUAAAUUUGUGCCGCAGAUCCUGAGGGACUACGAGAUUACUCUGGCGGAUCCCAAGAGCGAGUGGAAGCUGUCUAACCAUUGGUUUGUGAGGCAGUCCGGAUUUAUGGUCAAGCUCAGAAGGAGAAUCAAGGCCGAAAACAGUGUGUAGUGUACAAUAUAUAGCCCAUCAAAAAAAACCGGAUACUUUAUUAUAAU